AUGGCUUUGAUCAAUCUUGAUCUUUCAUUUUUCUCAAUUUUUUCCUUGCUCGUAUUCCUUCUAUCCCUUCUCAAAUGGUUCUAUGCUGCUUCUAAACCCCAGAAAAAGUUACCACCAUCUCCACCAAAGCUCCCAAUUAUUGGCAAUCUUCACCAGCUUGGCCAGUUUCCACAUCGCUCCCUCCAAUCACUGUCAAGAAAAUAUGGUCCACUCAUGCUGCUUGAACUGGGAAGCAAGCCAAUGCUGGUUGUCUCUUCCUCUAAUGCAGCUUGCCAGAUCUUGAAAACCCAUGAUUUAUCCUUUGCAAGCAGGCCUAAAUCGGGCAUCCCAGAUAAACUCUUUUACGGAAGCAAGGACAUAGCUUUUGCACCAUAUGGUGAGUAUUGGAGACAACUAAAAAGCAUUUCUAUGCUUCAUCUUUUGAGUAACAAAAGGAUUCAGUCUUUUCAACAUGUCAGAGAAGAAGAGACGUCACUCAUGAUCGAGAAGAUCAGCCGAAUGUGUUCUUCCUCAGCUGUAAACUUAAGUGACAUGUUUUUAAUUCUCACAAAUGAUAUAAUCUGUAGGGUUGCCUUGGGGAGGAAGUAUAGCGAGGAAGAAAAUGGGAGGAAAAGUAUGGAGAAUUUGAAGGUGUUUGGUGAGUUACUGGGUAUUUUUGAUGUAGGAAACUAUAUUCCUUCGCUUGCAUGGGUUAAUCGCUUCAAUGGUUUAGAUUCUAAAGUGAAGAAAACAGUUAAACAGAUUGACGGAUUUCUUGAGGGUGUGAUAGAAGAGCACAUGAAUAAGAGGAAAGGAAAGGCUGAAAGUGACUCUACUGCUGAGGCAAGAUGCCAAGACUUUGUAGAUAUCUUGAUUGAGAUUAAUGAGGAAAAGACUAUGGGCUUUGCUCUUGAACGAGAUGCUAUGAAAGCUAUCAUCCUGGUAAAUUUCUCUCUCCAUCUCUUUGUAUUGGUAGUAAAUCUUUGGGAUUGA